UGUCGUGGAGUCUCGAGGGGAGAACAGUGGGCCAGACGUGCUGGCAUACUGCCGUCGGACUGAUUGACCCGAGCUGAGGAAACACUCCAAGUUUUUCAGAGGGAGGCAAUAUCGGAAACAGUGGGAUAAUCGACGACGAGAGAGCCCAUAAAUGGAGACCUCGAAUCCAGUAUCAUCAGGCAGCUGCAGGUCAUUCAUUGGUCUUUCUAGCAACUGACUGAGAUACCACACCACACAAAAAACAUAUAGAGAUUUCACAAAAUGGCCACCUCAGGAACACUCAGCGCUCCUCUGAUGUCUUCAUCAGCAGUCGGUACACGAGGAGAAGUCGAGCCUCUGCUCGAGCGAGAUCUAGCUGCCGAGCCUGCCACGAGUUCGGACACACCAUUGACACCUUGGUCAGCGUUCCUGAACAACGUCACGAAUGGGAUAUCGAAUCUCGCCAAUCUGCUGCCCACGGGAACGUUCCUAGCCUUCACCACGAUUGCUCCAAUCAUCACCGACAAUGGAACUUGCGACCAGCCCUCCGAGCUCUGGCUUUCGGUGGCGGCCACCAUCUUCUUCGCAGCUUUCUGUUUCUUCUCGUGCUUCACUGACAGCUUUGUGGCCUCCGAUGGGAAAGUGUACCUCGGGGUGGUAACCUUCUUCGGAUUGUGGACUCCUCAGUUGCCCACUGGCCUCCAGCCCACUGACCAGGGGGCAUACAGACUAAAAUUCAGUGACAUCGUGUACGCUUUUCUGUCACUUGCAGUUUUCACUGCCUGUGCGCUCAUGACUCCUAACAUUCGUUCUUGCUUGUUCCCCGAACUGAGUGCCACCGUCGUCCAGACCGUCCCUGCUGUGGUCUCCUUCGUCGUCAGUGCUGUGUUCACAUUAUUUCCGUCGAAAAGACAUGGUAUCGGCUUCCCUGUGUCUCCGAUCAGCAGCAGCAGCCAGGGCACGACGACCAUUUAGAACCGAUGUAGACUCCUUCGCAUUUCAUCCGAGCGGUGUGCCCACUGUGGAUCACAUUUUCCUCUGCCUUUAAGACUGUUCUAGACGCUCAGGAACUUAUGUUAGAAUAACAUUUUCAUGAUCAUAGCGGAUAGGUUUCCACUCUCGCCUCCAGAUUGUAAUUAAACUGCUUCCUUGAUUUGCAAUAAACGUGGAAAUUUUGGCU